UCUGGUUAAAAUGAUUGUAGCCUUGCCUCGUCUAGGUGGCUGUACUGGUAUUUGUUUUGGUACAACUACGCACCGCAGCUGUUCGGCGUUCGCUAUCAUAGAAAUCUGUGAGAGAAAAGGAGUGGUGAUUAGGCUGUGUUUGGCAAAAAUUUAUGUUUUAUAUAUGGUUCCCGGCCGUUUUGACACCUGUGCUUCUAAUAUAUAAUGCAUUAAGAUGUUACCCGCGUCCUAUAUCGUCGGCAGUGUCGAAUAACCGCGAUAAAUGGUGUAAUUAACGUUGUUAACUUUGGUUAUGACGUUUACUACGUUUUUUGCAUGUGUGCGUGUGUAUUCAUCGUGACAGCAUUGCCGUUGAUUGUUGAAGCGAAUCUUGUAACGGGAUUUUUUGUGAGAAUGCUUGUUUGGAUCUAAAUACGGCGUGAAAAAGAUCAGACGGAAUGAAGAUGGCGGGAAGGAUUGCGCGGCAAAUCCCGCGUCGCGUCGGUCGCCAUCUUUCAACUCGCGAUAACCGCUUCCUUAGUUUAAAUAGUUCGGAUCGUUUGAAAUAGUCUGUGAUUCUGCUGUGCGAUUGGGCAGUGACGUUGGCUAGUGAUGUGAUAGUGUUGAGUGUGGUGCAGUGUUGUGUUACGAUGUCGGAGGAGAGGUCGAGGCGGUUGUCGCAGAUCUUCGACCCGUUGUCGAGGUUCACGGAUCACAGUGGCGCGGGGCAGUCUUCGAGCACUCCAAACAGUCCUCGCUUGAUGCCAAGGCGGUCGAGGGAUCCACCGCCGCCACCGCCCAGACCAUUCGCACACUCCUCCCGCCUGGAUCCCUUGGAGUACGAGCUAGUUGCAGCAGACCUUGGGUCUGUGAAUUGGCAGGAACGGUGCUUGGAGCUACAGCUGGAGCUGCACAGGAGUCGACAUCAGGCCACGCGGGUACGAGAUAUGCUGAGAGAUAAGCUCUCAGAGCUCGAGCAACGGGUUCUGGAGGCUGAAGGACGGGCAGAAGAAGCGGAAGAUAAGGUCCGCGCCAUGGAGCAGCGGCUGUGCGAGUGGCCGGCGGGUGCUGAGGGUGCACCCAAAGCCAUUACGCGGCUCGAGGGCCAAAUUGAAGAACAGAAGCAGCUGCGACUUCAGGACGCGAAACAGGUAGAAGCUAAAGCCGCCCGGAUCAAGGAGUGGGUGACCAAUAAACUGCGGGAGCUAGAACAGCAGAACCAGUUACUUCGGGAACAAAACGACCGCUGCAACCAACAGCUAGAACUGCUCAGAAACCAUAUUGCUACGCAGGGGAGCAGAAACUGUGCUCAGUUCCUACCCUCUCGGGGAAGCCUGUCUCUCGAGGUGAGGUCGGAGGACGGCCCUCGCGCCUCCUCCAGCCUUUUGGCAAACAAUCGGCGACGCUCUGAGAGCCUCGAAGGCCCCCAGUUACCAGUAGUAUCAUCAGAGCCACACUACAGUACCCCAGUGCGGCAUAGAAGAAAUCUUUCCAUUGGCACCACCAACCUCACCCAAACCACUCCGAGCAACGUUAACAGCCAACUUAACACCAUGAAUAGAACCAUGGACGAGAGGACCACAGCUAGUUUGCUCGCUGAUGAUUUAGCUGCUGCAGUAGAAAAUUUAGUGGUGAUACCGACAACCCCAAAUACAUCGACAGACGGCGAUACAACGCACGACUAUGCUGAAAUUUACACUCCAAGCAGAGAACGGACGCCGGCGUGGCAAGGUGUCAACGUAGUCGUCCAAGGAAACAGUCGAGGCGGUUCCUCUACCGGAGACAGCUCUACCUCUGAACAACCGAGACCUCCCACGCCACCCUUACAUCGAUUUCCGAGUUGGGAGGCUAAGAUUUACCAGGUGGCAGACGAUGGUCUUCAACAAUCUGUAGAGGAGGAGCUAAGUCCACCGCCAUGUCCGCGGACAAUGCAUGAGUCCACUAGUUACCAGGACAUUUCGGUGCCUGUAUAUGCUACCGUUAAAGGGCGCGCUAGUCAAAUCCGAUCGAUGCCUUUCACGGGCGACUCGUCGGACGAUUCAUCCGAUGGCGAGGAGUCUAUGGGUGUCACUGUACACAAUACGCCACAUCACAAUCCCGUUUACGGUCAGUCCUCACAAAUGCCAAUCAACAACAUCAACCUAACAAGUAUUCUUCCUGCUUCGAUGCAACAACCGUCCGGGCCGCACGGACUUGUGCUGAACAACGCUAACGGGCAGUGCAGCUCGUCCGACACCAGUCUCAGCGCCAGCAGUCCAUCCAAAAGCGUCAAGACCAGCUCAAGCCUGAGCCCCGCCAAGCGAUCCAGCAGCGGCUCCCCCAGCAAACAGAGCAAGACUAGAGACACAUCUUUCGAAUCGGGCAUGUCGGAUGACUACGCGAUACCUCCUGACGCGGUUUCCUGUGAGGGCAGUGGCGCGAGGGAUUCUCCCAGAAGACAUGACGCGUUGGAAAAGAGUGGACAUCUUGCCAAAUUGGGGGGGAAACUUAAAACUUGGAGGAAGAGAUGGUUUGUCCUAAAAAAUGGCACACUAUCAUAUUGGAAGUCCCAAUCAGAAGUGAACCGAAAACCUCAAGGUCAGAUCGGUUUGGGCGAAGCCUGCAAGAUAUCUCGCAAUGAAGGUGCCGCUACCUUCGAGAUCUUCACCGGGAGUCGAACCUAUUACCUCACCGCUGACAGCACUGCCACUAUGGAGGACUGGAUUAGGGUAUUACAGAACGUCCAAAGGCGAAAUGCAACAAAACUCCUCCUAAGCAAAGAAGACAACAAGCCCACAAUCCAGGGUUGGCUCACCAAAGUGAAGAACGGACACGCCAAGAAGAGCUGGUGUGUUCUACUCGGCAAAAUGUUCCUGUACUUCAAAUCGCCUGGAGAUCAGAACCCAACUGGUCAGAUCAAUAUGCGAGACGCACGCGUCGAGGACGUUGAACACGUGUCAGACUCUGACUCCGAAGAGAAGAACGAUGAUGGCAGGAACCUCACUGUUGCGAUAUAUCCGCAGCACCAGGUAACUGGGGGUCCAACUUACCUCCUCUUCGAAAGCAAAGCCGACAAAGACUCCUGGCUUUACCAUUUGACCGUAGUGAGCGGAGGCGGGCUCAGCCAGGGCACGCACUACGAGCAACUCGUCCAAAAGCUUAUGGAGACUGAUGGAGAUCCCAAUUGUGUGCUGUGGAGGCAUCCAACUUUACUAUAUUCGAAGGAAAAUAUCACAACCCCGCUCACAUCAUUGAAUUCCGAAGCGUUACAAGCCGAAGCUCUAAAGUUAUUUAAGUGCGUACAACUAUUCAUGUCCGUGGCGGUGGAGCACGCAGGCAUCGACUACCACGUGGUGCUGGCGCAGAACGCGCUGCAGCAGUGCCUCGAAGUGGGCGAGCUGCAGGACGAGCUGGCGUCCGCGCUGUGCAAGCAGACCGCGCCGCACGCGCCCUCCAAGCACGGCGUGCAGGUACGCGCGCGCUCCCGACACCGCCAACUGCUACUGUGCGCGACCCAGUCGUUGUUCACUUGCGACACGGGCGCGUCCUCAGUCGGCGGCGACAACAAGAGUGACCUCCCGCAGAACUCUGCCGGAUCGCCAAGCUCGAUACAGGCCCCCUUACUCUCAGUGGACUGUAAGAGUAACCCACCGACCUACAGUUUCGUUCAAGGCUGGCAAUUAUUAGCGCUGGCUGUCAGUUUGUUUGUGCCACGUAAUAACAGGCUCUUGUGGUAUCUCAAACUGCAUCUGAGCAGGCAUGCUGAUUCUAAGACUGAAUGUGGGAAAUACGCAGCGUACUGCUCGCGCGCAUUGGAGCGUACAAUACGCAACGGCGGCCGAACCGACAAGCCUUCUCGAAUGGAAGUGCUAUCUAUACUGCUCAAGAACCCCUACCACCACUGUCUACCUCACGCCAUUCCCGUACAUAUGCUCAAUAACACUUACCAGGUCAUAAGCUUUGACGGAUCAACUACAGUUGAGGAAUUUCUAUCGACGCUGAGCACAGAACUGGGCUGCAGAGAAUCAGCUGCAUCGGGCUUCGCGUUAUUCAGUGACGAUCCCAUUGAAAAGGACUUGGAACACCACAUCAAACCAGACAAAAAGUUAUGUGACGUAAUAUCAAAAUGGGAAACGGCGUUAAGAGAGAAGGGUUCAGGGAAGUUCGAGAACUCCCGAGUGAUACGGUUGACGUUCCGCAACCGGUUGUAUUUCAAGAAUUCCAUCCGGACUGAAACCGACAAGGAGAGAUUAUUACUUUGCUAUCAAGUUAACCAGCAAGUGGUUGCGGGAAGAUUUCCCGUAACGCGGGAACUGGCGGCGGAGUUAGGUGCACUUAUGGCGCAGCUAGAUAUGGGCGACUAUUCGGCCUCCAACACGCAACACAACCAACCGUUAGCGCACAGAUUCUACCCCUACCGGUACCGAGCCGGCCUCAGCAACGAAGAACUUAGAGAUGUUGAGGAGAAGCUCCGGUCGAAGUGGGUAGCGCUGAAAGGACGAAGCACGGUUGACUGUGUUAGGAUAUACCUAAAUUGCACCAGGAAAUGGCCGUUUUUCGGAGCCACACUGUUCCAAGCUAGGAUAAAACAACCGGAUCUCUCAAUGGCCUGGCUAGCAGUAUCUGAAGACGGAGUGACUGUUUUGGAGCUCGCGUCCAUGGCCGUUAUAGGUCGAUACGCGCUCAACUCUAUAGGCCUUUUUGGAGGUCUUCAGGAUGAUCUGAUGAUGCUAAUUGACGCGGAGGAUGCCACAAGUCCCGUCCACAAGAUGCUGAUCAGCCUCAACAAACCUAAAAUGGUAGAGCUAACCCAUCUUAUAGCGGACUAUAAAAACGCGCUUAUACGCACCGGAGGCACCGGGACUCCUCAAAUGAACUCCCUCACAAGAAACGGAAGCCAUCGGAGCGUCAGAAAACCUCCUUCCACCCUCCCUCACUCCACACCAUCCACCCUCCCGCACCCCUUAACAACAUCACAUCACCAUCAUCACAACACUUUAAACUCACAUGCCACAACAAUGACUUUAGGGUCUGAUAGAAAUGCAACAUUAACUCUAAGUUCCCACACUUCAACGUUUAACCAACAUUUAGAAGCGAGGGCACAUUCCCACGGGCAGCCCGACAUAUUAAAAUCCACUCCGGACCAUCAUAGGAGUGAAAAGAAACGCAGUCACACACAAGACAGUGGGGUGGCGUGAUUCAGGUUUUAAGUUGCGACGUGUGAAGUGACUUUAAAUGUUUUAAGUGUUAGUGAGUGUAACACGGCUGUUUAAAAUGUUGAUUAAAAUAAGUUUUUUGAUUAUUGCGUUCGUGUGUAAAAAAAAAAGUGGAACUUAAAUACAAAAGAUGUGAAAAAGAGGGGUAUAGGGCCGCGUUUUUAUGGAGAUUACUGACGAAGUUGGAUCAGUUUAUUUAUUUUAUGUAUUAAUUUGUUUGUUUUAUUUUUACUAUGCAAUAUGGACUAUAGAAAUAAUAGACAUACAAUUAUCCAAAUAUGACGAAUAUUGGGAUUUAUGUGACUUUAGCCCCAAAAAUAGACCAAUUUAUUGCAUUUUAUUUUAUAUAUAAACUUAUAAAAGUGUUUUAUGAGUUAAUUUCAAUUUGUUCAUUUUAUUUUUGAUUGAAUAGGAACUUUGACGCUUUUGAUUAUUUCUAGGUUAAAAGUUGCAUUUUUCUGUCUACAACUGACAUUAUUUAGGUGAUUUGAAUCAUUUUAAUUACUAUUAAUCAAGAGUUUUACAUUUUCUUUUGUUUGAUACUUAUAAUUUUUUUAUUUAGUAUAAAUAACUAUGAUUUUUAUCAAUAAAUAAUGAUAUUAAUUAAUUAACAUUUGAAACAGUAGUGUUAUGAAAAUCGAAAAAAAAAAUCACCAUUCCUGUGCGAUGUAAAAAACGAUAAUUUUGAAUAUACCUCAUAUUUUGUAGCUAAUGAUUCAGCCUUUUUAUAUAUUUGGCUUUUAUUAGUUUAUACUUUGUUUUCUAAAUACUUACAAGUAUAAGUGUUCAUACAAUGUGGUUACCCGUAAUGCCAGCCGCCCGUUUUACCGAGUGCGAUUGAACUGCUACAAACCAAUAAACCAACAAAAUAUAAGGGUUCCGUUUUUCCUUUUGAGGUACGGAACUCUAAAAAACGACCAAGUGCGAGUCAGACGCGAAC